AUCCGUGGACUCCACGUUUUCUCUACCGCCUCUGCUUGCUAUAUAACCCAUCUUUCGUCUCCUCCCUUUUCCCAUAUCUCGAAACCCUUCUUCUCUCCAGAUCCGCCAUUCCUGUCCAUUCAUAGCUGUGUAUGUACGUACACACGAGGAGCGUUUCUACACUCCAAGAUCUGUAAUCUGUUCAAUCUUCUUUCUCUUCUCCCUCGAUCUUUAAUUAAAAAUCAUUUCUUUUUCUUGUUUAUAUUUCUCUGCCGGAGUUGACCGUAUUUUCCGAUGGGUUCAGUGGAAGUUCUUCGCCCUCAAGACCCUUUACAGAAUCGAUUUAAUCGUCGGAACGCUAGUUUUGUGAAAACAGCUACGAAGUCGAAGGUGAAUUCGUCGUCGAACCCUAACCCUAACCCUAAUCGGGGAUCCGGGAGGGUAGAUCGGCGGAAGCGAAGGCUUCAGAAUAGAUCUACCGAUUCUGGUAGAGAUGGAGGGGUCAGUACCUCCAGUUCCCCGCCGGGGAAGAAGUCGACAGCGAGUAAUUUGUUCUUGGGGCAGGUGAGGAUUUUGAAACGCGGUGAAGUGUUGACUGAUUUGGCGUCGCUGAAUGAAGAUUCCAAGAGGGUUGACGAGAAGGGAGGGGAGAAGUCACCUGUUGAAGAUUUUGUGUUGUCCACGGUUGCUAGGCUAGGUCCGGAACCAGAAAGGAUGCCGAAAGAGCUUAGAUUCUGCAACUUCUUCGCCGGUUCUGCUUGCAUUACUUCUCCCCCUCCGAGCUCUCUGCCGCUUCCAGCCUUUUUUAAGAAGAAAAACAUACUUGGAGAAAGUAAAGAUGAUGCUACUGGUGAUUUAAGGCGUCUUCUGCGGAUCGAUCUGUAUUGAGCUUCUGCAAUUGAUUGCUCUGUUGUGUAGAUGGUUUCCCAGGAAUCCAUUCACAGUGAAGACGAAGUUGUUUCAUGGCGAAGGGAUGUGGUUGAUUGCUUCUGUCCACAGAAAACUUCUCUUAUUUUUUCAAGGGGAAGGUGGGAUCAGAAAGGCAAUUCUCUCAAGUCUCCUGAAAACUGCAAAUUUCGUGUCUUAAAAAAAUAUAUUAUGUGUUAAAAAAAUGCGUUGUCGUCUAGUCUGUGUCUAGUUUAAUUUAAUUAUUAGCUUUCUGCAGUUUGAAGAAAUAAUUUCUAGAGUCUUGAGUCUUUGAUGGAAUUACAUGUAGUUACUAGUUGGGUGUAAUUGAGUCAUGUUUGGGUCUUCUUGACUUGUGUUAGGGCCAUGAUGGUCUCUACCAAGCAGUUUGGUAUCUUUAUAUUAAAAAUGGUUAUGUUUUCUUCAGUCUUUCUUGUCUUUACUUGUCAUUUGAUAUUUCUCCACCAGACAAAAUACUGGGAUACAUUUGUUGCAAUUUCUUAGUUUACUUUUGGAACAGGAAUCUUUAAGUAGAUUGUGCAUUGAGCCUCUCUUGCACAUGUGGUUGAUGUUUGAAGAAUCUUGAGUUUGUUUAAGGGCCGGCAUAGUGACCACGUCUUGGGACUCUAAUGCAGAAAGCUUUGCACUUUGUCUUUGUUUUCAGCUGCGUUUUACCCUUAACGUUGUCUACGGUUCUCCCUCUAUGCUAAUUGCAGGAUGCUGCUCCUCAGCGUUCAACCAUGAAAUUUGGUGUUUUUAGCAGGUAUAUAUUAGUUGGUGUCCAACUGCAUCUCCAUAUAAGCAAUGGUUUGGCUCUGGAAAACUAGGGUUUAUUUGUUCAAGGAGUUGCUUCAUGGAGAAAUCCCAUUCAAGUAAGAAGCUCAAAUCUUUUUAGCUCUUAAAAUCAAAUCAUAUUUUUUUAUACGGAGUAGCUUCUAUGUAUUAUUUUUCUUUAACUUCUGUUUGAUCCCGUUGGCUAUUAUGUACGUAUCGUUUUUUUACUACUGUGUCAUCCUGUUGCUCUUUGGAAUUUAAUCUGUUUGUGUGGUUUGUUUUGAAAUUAAUUUGUUUGACAUGUUAGUUUAUGAUUUUUUCUACUGGUUUGUUGUACAUAAUUGGUAAUUGUUAUACUCGGUAAUUGGUUUUGCACCUUCAAUUUUUCUGCCACUCUGUAUUUAGGCUAUUCAUUGGGAAAUAUAAAUACCAAAUUUUCCUAACUGUGUCCAUUACCUCAUCGCAGUAUUCGCAUCAGUGAAAAUAGAUUGUUCAUAUAUGAAGAACCUUUCUUCUGUGAUACUUAAUAGAAAUCUCAUUUCUAUACUUCUUUCAAUUUGCCUGUUUUUUUUUUGUUGUCUUUUCUGCAACUUUCUGCAUCUAAAGCUGGUUAUAUUUCGUCCAUUCCUUGCAAUUUUUGGACAUGUAGAUGUAGUCAUCAUACUCCAGUUGGUUUGUGGCAUUGAUGAGAGAAAUCUUUGGUAGUAGAUACUAUGGCCUUGUUUGGGAACAUUAUUUUCCAUUAGCGUUAGCGUUUUGGAUAAGAUUUUAAUGGUGUAGAUUAAUUCUGAAAAUGCUAAUCUUAAAGGCUGCCGUCAGAUAGCUUUUUCAAUUUUCAAAAUGCCAACUCUAACCCCUAAUGUUAUGAUGCCAAACGGGGCCUAUAUAUAGUGCGAUUUUCUAAUGUUGUAUGAGGCAGUAGCUUUUGGACAGCUUACAUUGUCUUUUAGGACCUCUUCUUUGGUAUAAUCUUGUGCUAUAGAUUUUUCUCCCAUAUAUUAUAUUUAUUGCAGAAUCAACUGUGGGUUUGCUGAAGCUUGAAGUUGAUUGCAGAUUAUUGCUUCUCAAAAUGAACAAUGAAGUGAUGAUGGUUUGCUUGCUGGCUUAUACUUGGGCUUUUAUAAUAGCACGAGUUUGUUGAUUUCAUUCCAUUUAGAUAUGGAUAGAGGUGUAAACGAAU